AUGGCGCCUUGGAUCCCGCGAAUGCAUCUCUUUGAGAUUGAUGACCAGCCCUGGUUCCCAGACUUCUUCCGCACCCGCGUCCAAGAUGCCCUCACCCUCGCGUGGAAGUCGCAGACGCCCCUCCAGGCCCUCUCGCCCGCCCACAUCGCCGCCAACCUCCUGAUCCGUCACUUGGACGACGCCCUUUCCGAAUACACCAUGAUCGACUUCUGCGCCGGCGCCGGCGGGCCCACGCCCUCAAUUGAGCGUGUCGUCAACGGACACCUGCGCUCCCUUAACAAGGCCCCGGUCCGCUUUGUCCUCACCGACCUGCACCCCAAUAUCGACGCGUGGGACAAGGUUGCUAGCAAGAACCCGCUCAUCACCUACGAGCGCGAGGGCGUCGACGCCAGCGCCGCACCAGAUCAUCUCGUGCGCCGGGACGAUGGAAAAAGGACACUGCGCCUGUUCAACCUCGCGUUCCACCACUUUGACGAUCCGUUGGCGACGGCCAUCCUGCGCGACACGGUCGACACGAGUCAGGGCUUCGCCAUCUUCGAGCUGCAAGACCGCAGCUUCGCCAGCGCCUUGACAAACCUGGUCUUGGGCAUCGGUGUCAUCCUGGCCGCGCCAUUGUACGCCUGGAAGUGGCGAUCUCCUGCCACUCUCAUCUUUAGCUGGUUGAUUCCAAUACUCCCCUUCGUCCUCGUCUUUGACGGCUACAUUUCCUCCCUGAGGACGCGGACACCAGAGGAGGUCGAGGUGCUGCUGCGGAGCUGCGGAGCGGACACGAGCGAAUGGGAGAUGCGUAGCGGGAGCGAAAGGCAUAUGUGGCCUUGCGGGUAUCUCAAUUGGAUCAUCUGUAAGCCAGUGUCAAGAACCUGA